UGUUGAUGAUAUACCUCACUUGUACGCAUGGGGGCGCCAAACUGCGCCCUUAAGUCUGAAGGCGCCAGAUGACGCAGCCCGGCUGAAGCCGCCUGUUGAUGGGCUCCCCCACAUCCACGGCUCCGCUACUAGUCCACACCUCCACGCAGGAUCAAUGUGAAGUCUAUUACUCUUCCCCUACUCUCUCCAUAACCUGUGAGUUUAUUGAGUCAGCCCCCGGUUUUCGCCUGCCCGCAUUGAUACGAUGCACUCCAGAUCGUUUUUUAUUAUUUCUUAAGAUGGACAAAAAGCGGCCAGAGGAUGACUGGGUGGACUCCGGAGCAGAGACUGGAGGCUGCUAGGGAAAGAUGUCCCUCUGUUAUCCUUUCGGUCUGAUUACAGUCCCAUGUCCUCAGCGAGCAGUGACCUCUCCAUGGGCGAGCUCCAGGACCCCUUCCUGGUCAGCGUUCACCUGAUCGCCGACGCCGGCCAGGGCAAGCACCUCCAGCGCGCCGCCGACUCCGCCCUGGCCUGGGUGCACCCCGAGCUGCAGCUCUUCCGCGUCUCCGAGCGUGCGUCCUCGCCGCGGUCCCGCUCCGCCAACCGGCGCCGCCACGAGGAGAACGAUGCCUGCCAGCCCUCCCUCGCCGUCAUCCUCUUCCUGCGGGAGUCACGUGACAACCCCGGUGGCGGUGGCGAUGGCGGCGGCGGCGGCGACCGCUACGGCGGCGAGGAGACGGCCUCGCUGCACCGCGCCCUCCAGCGCCCGCCCUGGCGCUACCACCACUCGGAGAAGGUGAGCCGGGGCGGGGACGGGCGCCGCGUGCUGACACUGGCGCCCUGCAGCCAGGACUUCUUCACGCUGGCUCCGGGAACGCCGCUGUGGGCGGUGCGGCAGGUGCACUACGGCAAGGAGAUCGUGCGCUUCACCGUGUACUGUCGCCACGACAACUACGGCGACAUGGUGCGGCUGUACCGGCUGCUGCUGCAGCGGCGGCCGGCGCAGAAGAAGGAGGACUUCUGCUUCUUCGUGGUGUACGCCAACCCCGACACGGAGAUCCAGCUGUCCUUCAAGAGGCUGCCGCGGGGCCAGAGCCCGGCCAGGGCACACUCGGCCGUGGUGGAGAUCCGCGUGCGGGACGUGGGUUCCCUGGUGCCCCUGUUGCCCCAGCCCUGCAGCCCCAUCAGCCCCGUGCGAUGGCAGACGGAGGACUACGACGGGAACAAGAUCCUCCUGCAGGUCCAGGGCGCUCGCUUCAAGCGCAGACAAGACGCCUCCCACUCCGCCGUGGACUCGCUCUCCGCCCCCUCCACCUUCACCCGUAGCUCCGCCCCUUACCGCAACCGGCGCCUGCACCGCACGGCGUCGCGCUGCCGGGCGCAGAACCAGUCGUCCUACAGCUCGCUGCCGCUGGCCUGCGAGGAGCUGGACAAGGAGGACGAAGAGGAGGGCGACGAGGAAGACGAAGGCGACGACGACGACGACGAAGAACGCUGGGCGCAGCGCCGCCACCCGGAGGCCUGGAGGUCCCAGUGGCGGAGCCAGCGCUCGGGCUCGCUCUACUCCCUGCCCACCCAGGGGCCCGGGGCCGGCUCCUCCCGCUCCACCUGCUCCUCCCCCGCCUCCGGCCCCGCCGCCCCCUCCCCCCCCCACCGCGGCCGGACCCCCCGCCAGCCCCUCCUCCCCCCGUGCAGCUCGCCCCUCGUCCCCGCGUUCCGCCUCAACCUGGACGCCCUGGUGGGCGCCGAGGAGACGGACGUGGACACGGGCCACCAGGUGGACGCCGCGGCGGGCGCGGGCGGGGGCGGGGCCGACCUCAGCGUGGUGUCGGCGUACGUGCGGCCGUCCUCCGCUUCGUCUGAGGAGGCGGGCCGCUGCCUCUCCCCCGGCCCGCCCCCCCCCGCCCACGCCUUCGCCACGGUGAAAAGGGCGGCGGCGUCGGGCCGCCCCCGCGUCCCCGUCAGGACUAGCAGCCUAUCGGUGAAGAGCACGCCGUCGGCGUGGAUCAGGACGCCGGCGCGCCCUCAGAGCUCGCUCUGCUUCAACACGGCGUCCACCGGGGGCACCACCUCCCCGAGUGACGUCUCCCUCAGCCAAUGGGACAGCUCCAACAGUCUGGGCGGGUCGGUGGAGCACGUGCAGCUCGAAGCGCUGUGCGAUGCGCUGGAGGAGGACCAGGAGUUCUACAUAUGAGGACGUAAGCUGGUUGGAGCGGCGGUCGACGAGGCGAGGGUUGGCUUUGACUUUUCUGAGUUGGAUUCAAGUUGUAGGAUCCUUGUAGGAGUCUGCAUGAUGGCUGUCCUCUCUGUGUGACGGUUGUCCUCCAUGUGUUUUUCUGAGUCUACGGUUGGAGAAGUCUGGCCUCAUCCAUCGAAGUUUGGCUCAAUUGGAGAACCCGGAAUCUCCCGGAAUCUCCGGGUUUCCAGACAGCCAGUGUCUGCGUGCAAGCGUGCGUGAAGCAUGCUUUUGCGUGUAUGUGUGUGUGCGUCUGCAUUUGUGUUUGCGUGUGUGUGUGUGUUUGCGUGAAUGCGUGUCUGUGUGUGUCCGUGUGCGUAUGUGUGUCUGUGCGUGUGCCUGUGUGUGUGUGUGUGUGUGUGUAUGUGUGU